AUGACGUCGAUUGACUAUUCUACUGUCGAGAUCAAGGAAAAGCCUUUAUACACGCCACCGUUGGAAGAAAUAGUAGAAGUGCUGUCCCGUAGUUUGCCGUCGACGUUUGAAUAUGUCAGCGUGACUGUCGACGAGUGUCCCGACCUCACACAGGCUCCGUACAACAUCACCGCUCCAGGGUUGACAGGCAAUGCGAAGCUGGUAGAACUGGGCGGGCCGCCCUAUCUGGUACCGCUUGUGAGGCGUGACAAGAUCUAUGACCUGGCGGCAUUGUUGCGACAUUUACGCCGUGACCCCGCGCUUCUUAUUGGUGCUGGUGCCGGGCCCUGGCCAUUCCUCGGGGUCAACUGUGAGGGCAUCAUAAUCCUGCGCGUGGAGUCGGGGCGCGUGCAGCAGGGCACGCGUGUCGUGUCGAUGGCGGGCGGCUCGUACCGCCAGCAGCAGUUGCCGGACUCGGAGACGCGCACUGCGCUGCUGGGCAACUACCUUUUGUCGGAUGGAAAGCCUGGGAAGGUUAUAAAGGUAGUAGCAAAAAUGCGAAUUGGAAAAGCGAAUUUCAUCACAGCCAUCAGGGAAGCGCUUCAAAAUCACUACGGGGACAAAGUUGUCGGUUUGGGCGGUGUGUUCGUUCUACGCGAGGGCUCUGGAAGAUACCACGUAAUGCCGGACUUCUCCACAACGGAGCUGACUAGCGACGAGGACGUGAACAACUGGCUCACUUUCCACGAGAUGAAAGCACCCAUCACGCACCUAGGGACGCUGGUCACGGGCGACAUGGAGCUGGACCUGCGCGUGCAGCACUUCCACGGGUUCAGCGCGCACGGCGACGGCGGCCACUACCACGGCGACACGGCGCCGGCCGCCGCGCACUACGAGGCCUACUUCGCGCUGGCGGCCGCCGUCGUGCGCGUGGACGCGCCCGCCCACACGCACCACGUCGGGCGCGACUAGCGCCGACUGUGGCCUGGUGGAAUUAGCGACCUAUUGACUAACUUAUACUUAAUAACUCACGCACUUUCUUAAGGCUAGUUCGAUAAACGUCUGUGAAACGCGUAGCGAGUAAUUAUAUGACUGUAUUUCAAUAGCAUUAGUCUUGCCUGCUGUUUAACGUCAAGUGUUCACGGGUGGAAUAAGUCACUUCCUCGACCACUCGACUAAAUUACUAGCUUAGAGCAACUAACCUUAAUAUUACAACAUACCUUUUUGUAAAUAAAAUUGUUGAUAUUGUUUUGUUAGUGUCAUUAAAAAUAAAGUUGUUUUUCAUAAA